CCCCCGUCGGCGCUUCCACUUGCCAUUCUUCAGUGGCCUUGUUUUGCGUCAUCUUUAACGACAAACGCAUAAAUCUCCGUCUCACCCCUCUGACGAUUACUGCAUAGAUUCAUCUGGAUAGCGAUCAUGGAGCAACUCAUUCCCAUCGAGCAGACCAUGGCGACCAACACAGCGCUCGUUGUACGUGUGGCCGUGGGGCAGCCACCAAAGCUAUCAAAAGAAGACAUCCCCAGGCCUUCUCCAACAGCAAAUCAGGUCCUGGUCAAACUGUCACAUGUCGCCCAAAACCCGACCGAUGUGCAAGCAUUCGACAGCAACGUCUUUGGUGAAGGGGCCGUUCUUGGUUGCGCCUUCGUUGGAGAGGUCAUUGAGUUGGGCAGCGACGUCACUCGUCUAGCGGAGGGUGAUGUUGCCGCAGGCCUGGUCUGGGGAGGAGAAGCCAAGGGUUUGGGCGCAUACAGCCAGUAUUGUCUGGCCGACGAGCGUAUCUCAUUCAAAAUCCCCGGCAAUGUCUCCCGAGCACAUGCCAGCACCAUUCCAUUGGCUGCGGCUACAGCAUGGCUGGCCUUGUUUUCAAAAGAUUGUUUGGCUCUCGAUCGCACCCAGGCCAAGGGUACUAGCGUGCUGGUCUGGGGUGGUAGCUCAAGUGUUGGUCUAUACACAAUUCAACUCGCCUCUAUCUUCGGCUUCGAUGUGGUGACAACCUGCAGUCCGAAGCACUCCGAUUUGGCCCGCUCGUACGGCGCCAGGCAUGUCUUCGACUACAAGAACUCGGAUGUCGCAGAAAAGAUCCGGGAGGUCGCUCCAAGCCUAGGUCAUGCUUCCAAGGAAGACCACAAGCUCGCUACAGAACUCUUCGAAAACUUGCCGGCGUGGUUGGAAAAAGGCACCAUCAAGCCAAACAACCCAAAGGUGCUCGCAGGUUCGGACGCGGUCGCGGAUGGAUUCCAGGAGUACAGAGAUGGCAAGGUCUCGGCGUAUAAGAUUGUUUAUGAGCUAUGAGUCGGUACAUCAUGCGGGAU